GGGUUUCAUUUUCCCCUUUGCCUUCCUCCCUCCCCUUUCAACGCGGGUGUUGCGAUCGAUCGGGAUGGAGGCGGAGACGGAGACGGGGGCGGCGGGGGCGAAGAGACAACUCCGGACAGAGUCGAAUGAGGCCGGGAGGAAGAAGGUGGCGGGGCCGGUGACGGCGGCGGGGGGGACGAAGACAGAGAUCCCGUCGAUGUUGGAGGCUUCGUUUAAACUGAUCGAACACGCCAGGCUGAAGAGCGCGGUGGCCAGGCUGAACAAGGCGAACCCCGGCGCGCCGCCUCUCGUGCUCGAGGCGCUCACGGAGCAGGAGCGGGCGACGCUGGUGGAAGAGGAGAAGGAGUUUAUGAGGAAGGUCUCGGCGGAGAACUCGAAGCGGCGGCUCGCACAAUACGAAGCGGAGCUAGCCCAGGAUCCGCCGGAGGAGGAGGAGGAGGAGGAUCCUGGCAAAGACGAGUGGGACAAGCGCUAUGGCUGCUUCCGCCAGCACUUGGAGGAGAAACGGGCCAAUCAAAACUUCUCUUUCGAAGCCAUCACGCGUAUCCCCGCCAUGUGUUUCACGGAUAAGCCGAUUCCUGGCCACGACAGCUACAGGCCUAGUGUGCAGAUCUUUACUGUCAAGGUCGCGGAAAUAAAUGGAGGUUUAUGCUGGCCGCUGGAUGUGUUUGGUAUGAUCGCCGUGCGUGACAAACUGGAUUACAGUCGCAAUAUUAUCUUCAGCCGCACGAGGGACAACCCCCAAACCCUCACUCAACAGGAUCCAUAUUUUCUAUUGACAGGUCCUACCCGUGCUCCUGUGUAUAGAAGGUAUGUGUACUUUGAGGCUGUGCUGAAAGUGAAGGGAACUACCGAAUCCGAGGACAGGGAUCUAAGCCUUUUAUUUGAAUGCUACAUAUGUUGCGUAGCUCCCAAUUUAUGCGCGAACGAGGGAGACUGCAGUUCCAAAUCUUGUGUGGCCAGUACACUCUACAGCAGCAAGCUCAGCACGCUCGAGCUCCAGUGUGGUCUCGUCGUGUCCUCCGUCGAGGCCACCAUCACACUUCGGAUCCUCGAGGGUUCGUCGUGGCCAGACGGGUUCCGAGGCCAGUUUACUGCCUGCAUCGGCAGCGUGAGUCACAUGAAGGUCUUGCUUCUCGAUUCAGGAGAAGAGAAGGCUCCUGUUGUUGCUGCUGACAGCACGGUUGAGCUGUCACGUCGUGUUGUUUCUGUUGAAAGUUUUGGGCAGCUGAUUGUCCAUGGUGUUGUCCAUGGUGUGAUAUUUCGAGGUGGCAAUCAGCAGGGCCAAGUUUUUGCAGAAAAGAAGAAGUCAUUUGCACCUUUAGCAGCAGGUAGAAGCCGUGGUCUGCUUGACCUUGAUGUCUGUAAGUUGGAAGUCACCAUCGCCUGGUCGCGUCUUCUUAAGUACUAUCCGGAUGACGGUUUGCCUCUAACAAAUGGAUCCGCAGGUGCUGAUUCCAGUUGAUGGUUCAACAUUCAUGCUCUUGUGUCAUGGACACAUCGGGCUAUGUUAAAUGUUCUUAUACCCUACGGUUUGUGGCUGUGGCUUGUGCAAAGUUUUGAUUGGGUGUUCGCUGCUUAA